UCUUCCGUUUCUUCCCCUUGUGUUGACAUAGCAUCUGCGUCGUCAACAUCUUGCUCUCAUUUCAAAUUUCCGUUAUGGCUUCGGGAAAUAAUUUCGACGGCAAGAUAGCACUGGUUACUGGAGGAGGCAGCGGCAUAGGCCGUGCAGUGUGCCAGAUCCUCGCCCGUGAUGGUGCCAGGGUCAGUGUGUGUGAUAUCAACCUGCAGGGUGCUCAAGAAACAUUGGCAUCUCUAAAUCAGCCUGGCGUCCAUGUCGCCUUGCACAUGGAUGUGGCAGACAAGGAGUCCGUGCGUGAGGCACUCAGUGCCACCCAGGAGAAGCUCAAAGGCACUCCGACCUUGCUGGUGAACAGCGCCGGCAUUUCGCGUCGGUCGUCUUUCCUGGAGAUGUCAGAGGAGGCGUUCAUGAAGGUCGUCGACGUCAAUCUCAAGGGCACGUUCCUCGUGAGCCAGCUCGUGUGCAACGCCAUGAUCGAGCGCGGCGAGGCCAAGGGCGGCUCCGUGGUCAACAUUGCAAGCUUGGCAGGCAGGAACGGCCUGGCCAUGAACUGCCAGUAUGCGGCGACGAAGGGAGGCGUCAUGGCCUUCACGAAGUCGUGUGCCAAGGAACUCGCCAAGACAGGUAUAAGGAUGAACUGCAUAUUACCCGGGGCCAUUAGGACGCCCAUGAUGGCCGUCAUCCCCGAGGAACUUAUUAAAGAAGCUCUGAGAGUGAAUGCUCUGGGACGCCAAGGAGAACCCGAAGAGGUGGCUGAAAUGGUCGCAUUUCUACUCUCCGAGAAGAGCACUUACAUGGUGGGCGCGUGUGUUGAAGUGACCGGAGGACACUACGCUUAAGAAUAUUCCGAAGGUGUCAACAAGAGGAUAAUUCUAUGUUAAAAGAAAAUUGGAAAAUGUUCAGUUGAAUAAAAGCAUUCUUUUUGAAAAAAAACAUCGUUCAAGUCCAUUAUAAAAUAAAGAAUUGCAAAAAUACAGUAAUCUGAUUUAA